CUUGGAGAUCACGAACUCCGCCGCUUUGGAGAAGCCUCUUGGGGAAGACGAGAUCGGCGGAGGAGGGAGUUCAUAGGUCGCUGGAGAGGAGGUGGCAGAGGGCAUGCUGCGGGGAGCCGAGCUACAGAGGAACGUGUGAGACUCAGUCCGCAGAGCCAUGCAUGGCCGAGAGAGAAACAUGAGAGGUUUGAGGAAAAGCUCUUAUGGCCUGAAGCUUGGUUCUCGAUACAUAUAAAUUUUUUCCUUCAAAAAAAAAAAAAAAAAAAAAACUGGGCUGGGCUGGGCUGCAGCAUAACCCAACCCCCACCGUUGUUCCGUGCCUGAGAGGGAAUUUGGAAUACUGAAAAAUAAAGUCAGACGUCUACGAAUUUCAAAUCCACUACAACGACUAUCAAUUGUCGAUGUGUAUUUAGAUUCCUCUUUAGAACAUUUAAUGUAAAUGGAUGAAAUUCGAAAGCAAAAGACUCUGAUCUUCAUUUCUCUCUUUAUGUAAAGAGAAUCUAGAGAAACUAUUGCCAACAGAGACUAUUGGCAAAGAUGGCCAACAUUAAUAAACAGUCUUUCAAGGUCUGCUGCUGUUUCGAAAGAAUAUUCAGGUUCAUGGCGGCGGAGCCGCCUGAAGAUAUCAAGAAAAUUUUUGAUAAGUACGCCGAAAAUAGCAUCAUGUCCCUCGAUGGCCUUCACAGAUUUCUGGUUGAGUUUCAAGGAGAAAGUGAGGCCACCAAAGAAGAUGCUCAGGCCAUUUUCAACAGUCUCAAGCAUCUCAACAUGUUCCAAAGAAAGGGCCUCCAUUUUGAUGCCUUCUUUCGAUAUCUCUUUGGUGAUCUUAACCCUCCAAUUUUUUCAGAGGUGAAUCAUAAUAUGAAAGCUCCAUUGGCUCAUUAUUUCCUAUACACUGGCCAUAACUCAUACCUGACUGGAAAUCAACUCAGCAGUAACAGUAGUGUCAAACCAAUUAUCCAGGCACUGCAACGAGGUGUUCGAGUUAUUGAAUUAGAUUUGUGGCCUAAUUCUAAAAAGAAUGGCGUCGCGGUUCUUCAUGGAGGGACUUUGACUCGUCCUGUUGAACUCAUCAAAUGCUUGCGUGCUAUUAAGGACAAUGCUUUUACUGCUUCUGAAUAUCCUGUUGUUAUAACAUUUGAAGACCACUUGACUUCACCUCUUCAAGCUAAAGUGGCCAAGGACAAUGACGAAGAUGAUCGGGAUGAAGAUGAGGAGAAUGCUGAUCUACAAUAUAAGCAGUUAAUUGCAAUCCAUGCUGGAAAACCGAAAGGAGGGUUGGAUAUGUUGCAUAUUGAUCCCAAGAAAGUCAGACGUCUUAGCUUGAGCGAGCAACAACUGGAACGUGCAUCAAAAACUCGUGGAACAGAUAUUGUUAGGUUUACACAACGAAACUUGUUAAGGAUAUAUCCCAAAGGUACACGUGUGGACUCAUCAAAUUAUGACCCUAUGCUUGGAUGGAGCCAUGGAGCUCAAAUGGUCGCAUUCAAUAUGCAAGGACAUGAUAAGCACCUUCAUAUUAUGGAAGGAAUGUUCAGAGCUAAUGGAGGUUGUGGUUAUGUGAAAAAACCUAAAUUUUUACUUACCGGCAGUCCAGAUAAUGAGGUUUUUAAUCCUGAAAAAUCGUACCGAGUUAGGCAAAUCUUGAAGGUUAAAGUUUACAUGGGUGAAGGAUGGCAUUCAGACUUCCACCGCACACACUUUGAUCUCUUCUCUCCACCGGACUUUUUUGUGAGGGUUGGAAUUGCUGGAGUCCCAACGGACACACUAAUGGAGGAGACUAAGACAAUCGAAGACGAGUGGAUUCCAGUGUGGAAUCAGGAGUUCAACUUCCCAUUGAGUGUUCCAGAACUAGCUGUGCUUAGAAUUGAAGUUAAAGAGUACGACAGUUCUGGAAAUCAUGACUUUGGUGGCCAAAUAUGUCUGCCAAUAUCAGAGCUUAGAACUGGGUUCAGAGCAGUUCCUCUGCAUGAUAAAAAAGGGGUAAGGUAUAAAUCUGUGAAGCUUCUUAUGAAAUUUGAGUUUGAAAGUCCUGAGUGAAGUAUAUGGUUUCUCAUACUCUGCCUCUAUUGUAAUCUAUGUACAUGUGAAAACUAAAUGAACUACAGCACAUUUUGUUUCCAUCAUCAAAA